GCCGCCGCCGCCGCUGAGGGGACUGCGACCCCGCCCGGCGCCAGAGGCCUCCGCCCGGCCCCCACCCACCCCCGCCGCCUCCGCCCGGCCCCUCCCGGCUGGCCGGGAUCUCGCUGGCCGGGCCGGGCCCGGGGCCUUGGCGGCGGUUGGGCGGGGGGGCGGGUGGCCUCGACCCUCGACGACAGCGCCGAGCACCAGGCGUAGAUCCAUGCUGAAGAGACCUCCUUUAUGCAGAUGAGCCCUGGAUCGAGGUGGCACUUAGUGUAACUGCCCGGCAGGAUGCCAUCCACCAACCGAGCGGGCAGCCUGAAGGAUCCAGAAAUCGCAGAGCUCUUCUUUAAAGAAGAUCCAGAAAAGCUCUUCACAGAUCUCCGAGAGAUUGGCCAUGGAAGCUUUGGAGCUGUUUAUUUUGCACGUGAUGUGCGCACCAAUGAAGUGGUGGCCAUCAAGAAAAUGUCUUACAGUGGGAAGCAAUCCAAUGAGAAAUGGCAGGAUAUCAUUAAAGAAGUCAAGUUCCUUCAGCGAAUUAAACAUCCUAACAGUAUAGAAUACAAAGGCUGCUAUUUACGGGAGCAUACGGCAUGGCUUGUUAUGGAAUACUGUUUAGGAUCAGCAUCAGAUUUAUUAGAAGUCCAUAAAAAGCCUUUGCAAGAGGUGGAAAUAGCUGCCAUCACCCACGGUGCUCUCCAAGGAUUAGCAUAUCUGCAUUCCCACAAUAUGAUUCAUAGAGAUAUCAAGGCAGGAAACAUCCUACUGACAGAACCGGGCCAGGUGAAGCUAGCUGACUUUGGAUCUGCUUCCAUAGCCUCUCCUGCCAAUUCAUUUGUGGGGACGCCAUAUUGGAUGGCCCCAGAAGUGAUUCUAGCCAUGGAUGAAGGGCAGUACGAUGGUAAAGUCGAUGUCUGGUCUCUUGGGAUAACAUGUAUUGAAUUAGCGGAAAGGAAGCCUCCUUUGUUUAACAUGAAUGCAAUGAGUGCCUUAUAUCACAUAGCGCAGAAUGAAUCCCCUACACUCCAGUCCAGUGAAUGGUCUGAUUAUUUUCGAAACUUUGUAGAUUCUUGCCUCCAGAAAAUCCCUCAAGAUAGGCCUACAUCAGAGGAACUCUUGAAGCAUGUGUUCGUACUCCGGGAGCGCCCCGAGACAGUGUUAAUAGACCUGAUCCAGAGAACAAAAGAUGCAGUCAGAGAACUGGACAAUCUGCAGUAUCGCAAAAUGAAAAAACUGCUCUUUCAGGAGGCGCACAACGGCCCCACAGUUGAAACCCAGGAAGAGGAGGAGGAUCAAGACCACAGUGCGGGCCGGACAGGAACAGUGAACAGUGUUGGCAGCAACCAGUCCAUCCCUAGCAUGUCCAUUAGUGCCAGUAGCCAAAGCAGUAGUGUGAAUAGUCUUCCAGAUGCCUCUGAUGAUAAGAGUGAGCUGGAUAUGAUGGAGGGGGACCACACUGUGAUGUCAAACAGCUCCGUCAUCCACUUGAAGCCAGAUGAAGAAAAUUACCGAGAGGAUUCAGACCCUAGACUGAGAGCUACAGAGCCGCAUUCUCCACCCCAAGUGUCUCGUCAUAGAUCCCAUUACCGCAACCGAGAGCACUUUGCUACCAUACGCACAGCAUCACUGGUAACGAGGCAAAUGCAGGAACACGAACAGGAUUCGGAGCUCCGUGAACAGAUGUCUGGUUACAAGCGGAUGCGGAGGCAACACCAGAAGCAGCUGAUGGCUCUGGAGAAUAAACUGAAGGCUGAGAUGGAUGAGCAUCGUCUUAGGCUGGACAAAGACCUUGAGACACAGCGUAACAACUUUGCAGCAGAAAUGGAGAAACUCAUCAAGAAGCACCAGGCAGCCAUGGAAAAGGAGGCAAAAGUAAUGGCCAACGAAGAGAAGAAGUUCCAGCAACACAUUCAAGCUCAGCAGAAGAAAGAACUGAACAGCUUCCUGGAGUCCCAGAAAAGAGAGUACAAACUCCGCAAGGAGCAGCUCAAAGAGGAGCUGAAUGAGAACCAGAGCACUCCCAAGAAGGAGAAACAGGAGUGGCUGUCCAAGCAGAAGGAGAACAUCCAGCACUUCCAGGCAGAGGAGGAGGCGAACUUACUCCGACGGCAGAGGCAGUACUUGGAGCUGGAGUGCCGCCGCUUCAAGAGGAGAAUGCUGCUCGGGCGGCAUAACUUGGAGCAGGAUCUGGUCCGGGAGGAACUAAACAAGAGGCAGACCCAGAAGGAUCUGGAGCAUGCCAUGUUGCUGCGCCAGCAUGAGUCCAUGCAAGAGCUGGAGUUCCGGCACCUCAACACCAUCCAGAAAAUGCGGUGCGAACUGAUCCGCCUGCAGCAUCAGACAGAACUCACCAACCAGCUGGAGUACAACAAGCGGCGGGAGCGAGAGUUGAGGCGCAAGCAUGUCAUGGAGGUCCGACAGCAGCCCAAGAGCCUCAAGUCUAAAGAGCUUCAGAUAAAGAAGCAGUUCCAGGACACUUGCAAGAUCCAAACUCGGCAGUAUAAAGCAUUGCGGAACCACCUGCUGGAGACCACACCAAAGAGCGAGCACAAGGCGGUCUUGAAGCGGCUCAAAGAGGAGCAGACCCGAAAGCUGGCCAUCCUCGCAGAGCAGUAUGACCACAGCAUCAACGAGAUGCUCUCCACGCAAGCACUGCGAUUGGAUGAGGCGCAGGAAGCAGAGUGCCAGGUCCUCAAGAUGCAGCUGCAGCAGGAACUGGAGUUGCUGAACGCUUACCAGAGUAAAAUCAAAAUGCAGGCAGAAGCCCAGCAUGACCGGGAGCUGCGUGAACUGGAGCAGCGGGUGUCCCUGCGCAGGGCUCUCCUGGAGCAGAAGAUAGAAGAAGAGAUGCUGGCAUUACAGAACGAGCGCACUGAACGGAUCCGAAGCCUGCUGGAGCGCCAGGCCCGGGAAAUAGAGGCCUUUGAUUCAGAGAGCAUGAGGCUAGGCUUUAGUAACAUGGUUCUUUCGAACCUCUCCCCCGAGGCGUUCAGCCACAGCUACCCGGGAGCUUCUAGCUGGUCCCACAAUCCUUCUGGGGGCACGGGACCUCACUGGGGUCAUCCCAUGGGUGGCCCACCGCAAGCAUGGGGCCAUCCAAUGCAAGGCGGUCCCCAGCCAUGGGGUCACCCCUCAGGGCCCAUGCAAGGGAUACCCCGAGGUAGUUCACUAGGGGUCCGCAACAGCCCCCAGGCUCUGAGGCGGACAGCUUCUGGGGGACGGACAGAGCAGGGCAUGAGCAGGAGCACGAGUGUCACCUCGCAGAUAUCCAAUGGGUCACACAUGUCUUAUACAUAAUAACUUCCAACGUGUCUCCGAGGGUGGUGAUUCCACUGGAGCUGCCUGCCAACUGAAACUGCCAACAGACACCCUCUCCGGGAGCCCGGCACAAGCAGCGCGGACUCUGGGUGCGGGCUGGUGAGCGCAUUCAUUUGGGAAAGCGUUGUUUUGGGUUUACUAACAGGGAUGUCAUAGUAUUUGGCUGCAGAGUUCUCUUACCUUUUUUGUUUUUUAAGGAAGCAGUAUGAAGUUGUGAAGAGAGGGUGGCUUUUUCAGUGGUAGGGGUGGGAUGGUCUUUCUCUUUUCCAGUGGAUUUGGACAGCUCCCUGCCUCCUGAAGUUUAGAAAGGAAAGGCUGGUAUCACCUUUCCUUUACUGGGAUACUGAUGGCGAAUUAGCCAAGCCAAGAGCUGCCUGGGCAUUCUUGGUUUUCUCUCUGUGUUUAUCUGUGCCCUUUCCCCCUUGGUAGGGUUGACCUCUUGCUGAGAAGGGACCAAACAAAAGCGUGCAGCAAGAGUAGGCCAAGAGGACUUUGCCUGCUGAGAGAAGCCGGGGAAGAGAGGAAGUGCAGACUCUCCACCCCAGUGCAUGUUCUCUCUCUUGCACUACAUGGUGAAGUUGCUCAGGCAGGCCUUGGAAAGAGCUGCACUAGUGAAAUGCACCUGCCUGAAGUCUGUUUCUGGUUCAGCCCCACAGGCCUGGGUUGUGUCAUGCGCAGAUGCGGGAGGGAAGAGUUGGGUCAGGGAGGCGGAUCUCCUUUCUGACUUAAUACUGUGACAUCUCAUCUUAGUGAAGCAUCAGAACAACUCGCAGGACACCCGGAAUCACCCCGGUCUGUCUGCUGUAUUCUUCAGAAGCUUGCAGGCAGCCAGUCCAAAAUUCCAGAGGUAUUGCAAAAGAUGCCAUAAAUUGCAACAUGCCAUCAGUAGAUGAGGAGUCUUUCCUUCUGACACUACAUUUGCCAGUUACGUUACCUUCUUGGGCUUGCCACAGUUUCUUGUUUACAUGUAAAGCCAGCCAAUUGUUUGAGUGUUUUAGUUGCCACAGGGAGCCAAGAGCCACCAGUGUGUUUCCCAGCUGCCGACUAACCCCUGACUGCCUCUGUAGACGUUUUGCAACACACAACCCAUCCUUGGCUUGAAUUCUUCACAAUGCCAUGGCUGUUGGGAUUGCUUGGCCACCUCUCUCAGCCCCUCUGCCCAGAGGCUUUGCUUCCAAGGAGCUCCUGCAUGCCCGUGGAUUAUGGGGAAACCUGCGAAUACGGUUUUCUGAGAUGGAAGACCAUGCAUGCUCAGAAGAAUCUUUGGAACCUCUAAGGCCAAGGGCAGGGAAGGAGGCGCUGUAGUCUGGCAUCAAAAGGGGUUAAAAUGAGAGCAGUUUAACCUGAGGGUGAUUUUUUUCCAAAAAAAAGUUCCUCUCGUGGGAUGCUUCACUGCGAUCUUUGUAAAGUAGUUUCCUUGCACACUUAAACACUAGCUACUAACUCUAGGGUUUGCCUUUUAACACAUCUAUAGGGCUCAAAAAUGCAAGGUUUUUUUCUGAAUGUUUAUGUCCAUGUGACAUAUUUGUAUAGAAAAUACUCUAACGUGUUGUCACACUGCUGCUCAGUUUUUAAACCAGUGUGACUUUUUUAAUUAGCUAAAUUAAACACCACUCCAGAUCCUUAACUUUCCGUCAGUGUCUGUAUGUCCCUCCCUCCCUCCCUCCCUCUCCUUCCCCACCCCAACCUCCAACACUUUGGUUGAUCAUAUCACUGGGCACAAAGUUGGGCCCAUAACCCAAAUCAACCCCGAAAGGAGGGUAGGGAGAAGGCCUUCUAAUGUUGAGCUGUGCACAGUUGUUUCAGUUAAGUGCAGAGAUUGGGGAGACAUCAAAACAGCAAACCUUUAGUUGGCUUUAUAUUCUUGGGUUGUAAAUUUCUGCAAGAAAUAUCAAAGGACACCCUUUCAUCCCUAGCUACUCUUUGUAGUUGGCCUGUCUUUCAAGUAAAAUUAAACCAGUUUUAUUUUUCAAAGGUGGGAAAGAAAAGAACACUGAAACUUUUAAACUCAGAAGCCCCCCCCCCCAUUGAAUCCCUUGAACCUCUGAGCUCUCUCCCUUUUAGGCAGUACUGCAUCAAGAAAAUGGUGCUAACCUAGAAGAUAGGGGGCAGGGGUACUCCUCAGUGUCUAGCUUACACACACAUGCGCACCCAAGGAGCAGUGAUAUGAGGUGGCGUUGAAACCCCAGUGCUUUUCAUUCUUUUGCUUGCAUUUAUGAUGAAAUGCUGGUCAGGGGAGAUUUCCUUGAAAUCAUCUUGUUUUGUGUGAUGUAAAAGCAUAGGCUUUAACUGCUGCCUCCCCCCUCCCCAUGUCCAUUUCAAUAUUAGCGCUUUUAUUGGAAAGAAUUGUGGUGUAACCGAUUUCUCUUUUUUCCCCAUGUACAUCAUCCCUUGCCAGAACCUGGACUCUUCGAUGAAUUAAUAUUUUAAUUAAAAUAGUUUGCAAAAACUGA